ACUCUUCAAGCUUUACGAGCAGCUGCAGGAGGAAUCAAACACACACGUCCCUUCUCAGAGCUGCACUCAAUUUUUUUCCCCCCUUACCGUGCUAUUCUCUCUCUCCAUGCUGGAAUAAUGUGUGUGUGUUGUGUCAAGGUGUGUGUGUUGAUGUUUGUGUUGAUUGGGGGCGGUGUUGGACAGAAUUACGGGCCCUCGUGUUACGGUGGAUUCGACCUCUACUUCGUCCUGGAUAAGUCUGGAAGUGUUCAGCAUCACUGGAAUGAGAUUUAUUACUUUGUGGAUCAUCUGGCACACAAAUUCAUCAGUCCUAAGCUCCGGAUGUCCUUCAUCGUUUUUUCGACAGAGGGCAGAACCCUGAUGGAGCUCACAGAAGACAGGGAUCAGAUACGAGCAGGACUGGAGGAACUACAGAGAGUAUUACCAGGUGGAGACACUUUCAUGCACAAAGGCUUUGAGCGGGCGAGUGAGCAGAUCUACUAUGCGAGUGGUGAUGGUUAUCGAAUAGCGAGCGUCAUCAUCGCUCUGACAGACGGAGAGUUACGUGAGACUCAGUUUGAUUUGGCAGCUAGAGAGGCAGGACGCUCGCGCCAGCUCGGAGCCACGGUGUACUGCGUAGGAGUGAAGGACUUUAAUGAAACUCAGCUGGCUACAAUCGCAGGCAGUGACGAUCAUGUUUUUCCUGUGAAUGAUGGAUUUGACGCACUGCAAGACAUCAUCGACUCAAUCCUGAAGAGAUCAUGCAUAGAAAUAUUGUCUGUUGAACCGUCAACUAUAUGUGCCGGAGAAUCCUUUCAGGUGGUGGUGAGGGGGAACGGUUUCCUCCAUGCGAGAGAUGAGAGACGGGUGUUGUGCAGUUUCCGCAUCAAUGACACCUUCACCGUCAUGAAGAAGCCUCUGGCUGUGGAGGACACAUACUUACUUUGUCCAGCUCCUGUGCUGAUGGAGGAGGGGGUAUCUGCCUCUCUCUUCGUCAGUCUGAAUGAUGGCAUCAGUUUUAUCUCCAGCUCAGUCAGUAUCUCAGCACACGGCUGUGUGAAUACACUCCCGACUCUCAGCACAUCCACUAGCACAGCGAUCACCACUGUCAUCCUACUGGACAAUAACCUUCCUCCACCAUCAGUCUGUACAAUAGAUGGGACGGUGUUAGCCAUUGCGCUACUCAUCCUGCUGCUGUUGGUGAUUCUGAGCCUGAUUUGGUGGUUCUGGCCGCUCUGCUGCACUGUGGUUAUCCAUGAACCACCUCCACCUGUAAUACAGGAGAGCUCGGAUGAAGAGGAGGAUGAUGACGGCUACCUAAAGAAAAAAUGGCCGACGGUGGACGCGUCCUAUUAUGGAGGAAGAGGAGUAGGAGGCAUCAAACGCAUGGAGGUGCGGUGGGGUGAUAAGGGAUCAACUGAAGAAGGCGCAAAGCUAGAGAAAGCAAAGAAUGCUCGAGUGACUUUGCCUGAUGUGGAGUACGAGUUUGAGUUUACACCUUCACGCACGCUCAAUAACGGCAUGCGCAAACCCAUCUCUGCUCCUAAAUGGUACACACCCAUUAAGGGAAAGCUGGACGCUCUGUGUGUGUGGCUGAGGAGAGGAUACGAUCGCGUUUCUGUGAUGAGGCCCAAACCUGGAGAAAAGGGUCGCUGUAUGAACUUCACCAGGGUGAAAUCGUACCCUCCUCCUCGUUAUCCACACAAUAACGUGAACAAGAACAAAAACAGCACCGGGCACAUCUACAGUUUGCCCCUCAAUUCUACCCCACCUGCUCCAAAAGGCAAACUGCCUCCCACCCCAAACUGUAUUUACUCUCCCCACUCUUCAUACCCCGACCACUUUUCCUACCCCUCCUACCCUUCACACUCCCCGACCUCCUCUCUUCCUCCUCUCCCCUCCACUCCACCCCCUUCUGCCACCACUCCGCCUCCAUACUCUCCACCCCCUUCUCCUCCUCCAAGUUUUCAGACUUCGACUUCAAUGCCAGCUUCCUGUCAGGCUCCACCUCCUUACUCGUCUCCAUCCAUGCGAGCUCCUCCUCCAUCCCGCCCACCACCACGUCCCUCCAUCUAAAUGGGAGGGGCUACUAAACUGAGGCAGAAAUCGCAACCUGUGCUUCUUUCCUGUUCCAAACGUGUCCACGUGAACAGCUAGACGUCGUCAGAUGAGUGGAACUUAUAAACAACUUCGUCCAGCAUUUUAAGAAGGAAACUGCAGCAAUGCAUCCUGGGUACGUUAUGCUCCUGAUGAUGACAGGCAUCUAAUAACUAAACAGGAAUGAAGCGUAGUGUGAAUGGGAAGAUUUUUUUUUUUUGGAAUCAUGAGAUCUUGAUCUGGACCCUUUGGGGGGGAAAUGAUUGCGUCAUCACCGUGUUUCUGGAAGUGUGGAAUGGAGAGUGGAUUGGAACUAAGAAAUGUGGAACAUUCCUGAUUAAGCACAUUGAUGGAAAAUGUUGUGAAAUUUGGAUUCUAACUGCCAGCUAAUGAUGUCACAAUGUUACAGCAGCUGACCAAUCAGCAGCUUCGCUUAAUCUCAUACGAAGUAGACCUGCACAAGCAUUACAGUCCUAUUCUUCUUGCAUUUCCUUCUCCACUCGUUCAUUAAAGCUUUCAUUCCUUUUCUUACAUUAUUUUCCUUCACUCUUUUUUUCCCCCUCCAUUCUUUCAGCACAGCCUUGUUUUUCUCCAUUCUUCAUCCCUGCAUUAUUUUCUCCCGACACUUUUACUUCCAUCUCUCUCCUUUUGAUCAUCCCUCUAUUUUCCCUUACUUUCUUCCAUUCGAUCGUUCCUCUAUUUUUCUUUCCGCUUCCUUCGACCCUGCGUAAAGUUUUUUUUUUUUUUUUUGUCCUUCAUCUUUUUUUCUACCUUUCUUUCUUGCGAUCAUUAAGAGCAUCAGCCGUCCUCCGCAUCCCUUUGCACUUGAGUAACCACAAACUCGGCUUUCUACUUUCGGAACAGUACGCAUGUGUUUGCACAAACGUUUGCUUUGAAGUAAUAACGACGGGAGAGAAUGAUGUCAAGGUGAAAUGAGGUGUUCAUUUUGUAUAAAACGGGAGAUUUUAAAUGUGUAUAUACAGCAGUAUCGUAUUUUGGACAGAAACGCAAUAAACGUUGGCAGAUUUUUCUUUUAGUUAUUGAUAAUGUUACAUCAAGUAAUAUAAUCAUUAAUGAAUUGUUUCUGAUAUUUGGGUGGUCAUGUGAGAAAUUGCAGCGGUGGCGAUCAUCGUCAAAAAAUUCAUUUCCUUAUUUCUGUAUUUUCUGGAUGUAAACUUUAUUUUGCUUGUGAGAAUACGAUUGUAGCUCUUUCUAUGUGAAUUUUUGGGGGCAUUAAAUGUAAACACGGAGCAUGUUUUGUACAUUCUAACUCUACCUGAUCACACAAUUCACCAUGUAACUGUACACAGCAAGUACAAUUUUCUUUUUUUAAUAAAAAAAAAAAAAAACAUUUCAAAUAAACCAGUCUGUAUUUUUUCAUGCUUUUCUUUAAUAUUUAGACACCAGUUUUAUCCUCAGUCUCAUCUGUCCUAUAUAAACAGAUGUCCAGACAUGCAUAGAGAGACAGACAUAAAUGACUAACAGGUUCUGUCCUUUCUGUGUGUAGUUCAUUAAGCUCCACUCACUGAGUUUACACCAGUACGUGCAAAUAAAACGCGGAGCAAAGUGAACUCUUCUCGAGCCCGUGCUGACACAGCAGGUUUCACUCUGAGACACUUACGGUUUAAAUGACGUAAGAGUGGAAACGGAAAAUUCCGGAAAGCCGGCAGACGCUUACGCGGCCAAUGAACACUGCAGGAGAAGCAGAACUGAAGCCAAAACUUCUUCAUCUUCAUACACUUUCACUCACAGUAUAGAUAUAAAAUUAUUUAAACAGUACAGCAAUGAAGAACACACUUCAUAUUCACAAAUAAUAACGUGCACUUACUGAGCUCUUCAUCUGACGAUCUAACUGAAGGCAAAAAAAAAAAAAAGUACCAGGAUCUAAAACCUAGAGGUUGCUUUAAAAAGGUCUAAUCUAUAUAACUUGGUUAGCUAUCUAAACAUUAUACCUUGAAUAAUAUUCUCACUGCUGUCUCCACUCAUCCUGCUCCGCCUUUACAGUUUCCCUUUACAACUUCUGCUGUCUAACAAUGUCCUCAUUAUUCACUGUAGAGGUAUAAUAGGGUUAAUGACAGUACUGCAUCCAUGUAGUUUGUGUAGUUUGGAUAACACAUUUGUAAUUUUCUGGCUUGCAUUUUCUUUUAAAGAAAGGUUUGUUUGUUUUUUACAAAGUGCAUGUUAAUGAGACAUUAAUACUAGAGUACAGAAUGCAUGACAUUUGAGAUUUCAUGUUUUAUCAGCCUGUUUAAACAUUUUCAUAUAAAUGCAACAAUGAAACGCAAUCUUUUGAAUCAUAAAAUCUGUAACCACAUUCUGAAUCAAAAUCUUACGGCUAAAAAUCUUACAGCUUUGCACAGUAAAUGGAUCCAGAAAGCUGAAGGGCAGGACCAGGGGACUGGCUCUAGAGAGAUGAGGGAGUGG